AUGCUGGUAACCUAUUUGGAAGCCAGCCGGGACCUUUGCGAGACGGACUCAGUUCUUUUUGGCGCCGCAGUGGCAGCUUGCCGUAUUAUUGGCGCCAAACUUCCCAUGGCUGGACGCGCUACUAAACAAAGUAGCGCCAUCCCAGCCUGGAGAAAAAGAAUUGAGGUCCGUAUCGCAAAGGCAAGGGCCCUUAUCGGCAGACUGAUAAGCUUCAGGUCGGGUAAUAAUAGACCGAGGGUUGUGCGCACCGUUAGAAUGGCGUUUGCUGGGACAAAUAUCAGUUUGUCCCAGCCGGAUAUCACGCAGAAACUAACGGAGCGCAUAGACGACCUGAAGCAAAAGAUUGCCGCUUGGGGGAAGCGGAUUCGCCGAUUUACCGAGAGGUCAAGGCGGUUCAACCAGAAUCGUCUCUUCCAGAGUGAUCAGAAGAGGCUCUACAAAUCAUUGGAGCGACCAGAGGUAUGUGGAGCGGGCCCAGGACCGGAUCAGGCUAACACUGUCGCAUUUUGGCGUGGCCUGUGGUCAGAGCCCGUAAACCACAGCGAGGGCCCUUGGACGGAAGUUGUGGCGAGUCAGUGUGCGAGUAUUACGCCCAUGGACCCCGUCAUCAUAACGCCGGAUGACGUAGCUGAGGCGGUCCGUAGAGCCCCGAGCUGGAAAAGUCCGGGACUCGACGGACUGCAUCACUACUGGCUGAAGGGGUUCAUAGUGUGUCACGCUGUGCUCGCCCGUCAGUUUCAAGAGGAUCUCAACCAGAAGUCGCUCCCUAGCCUCUUCACUACUGGGAUCACUCACUUGGUUCCUAAAAACCAGAAAAACCGUAAUGAAAUAAUUCGUUUAUCGAGAAAUGACAUAAUAGCUGAAGCUAAUUAA